GGCGGCGUGAUGCGGGCAGCGGGGGCCGCGCUCCUUACGGUGACACGGCACAGUGUCACCCACCGGGGCCGGGCACUGCGCGGGGAGAGGCGGCGGGAGCGGGCGGGAGCGGGCAGCCCCCGUGUCCUCUCCGGGGGGAUCUGCUCUGCUCUGGAGCGGGAUGAGGACCACAUUUUCCGGCCCGAGGGAACGUACCGUCAGCGCGGGGUGCCUGAUCCCACCGUGCGAGGUCAGGACGUGGCAGAGCCAGUGUCGGGCAGAGGGCUGGUGUCCCGCUGGUGUCCCGCUGGUGUCCUGCCCAUGUCCUGCAGCUCCAUGUGCCAGCAGCAGGAACACCUCGUAACGUCCUUUUCCCCUUUGGGUUGGGGGUCUCUGUCCCUGCCCCGCUGUCACCACCCUGGUGGGAGGGAGGCGAUGCCCAUCCCUGUGCCGUGUCACUCGGUAACGCAGUGGUGGCAUGGUUCGGUGGUGGCACGUGGUGCCAGGGCACCGGCACUGACCUCGGGGGGACAGGGUGCUGUGUCCCCCGGUUCUGCCCUGGGCACACAGGGCCUCCUCCCACCCUCAGUGCCUGCUCAGCCCCGAGACACGGCUGUGCCCCCACCGUGUACCACCACCGCGUGCCGUGACCUGUGCCAUGGCCAAGACCAUCUGCCGCGGCCGCCUUGUCCCACCGGCUCUUCCCGGGGACAGUCCCAGCACAAUCCGCCCUUUUCCGGGCCCCGGCACAGGCUGCGCUUUGUCUCGUCGACACAAAGGGGCUGCGCGGGGAGGGGGGCGCGGAGCGGGGGGUGGGGGCUGCCAGCUUCCGACACGAGGGUCUCGGCAGUUCUGCCCGUCUCCCCGGUCCUCCCAGGGGUCCUGCUGCCCCCGGCCCCUCAGUCGGGCACCCUGUGAGUGCUGGGGGGCCCCGGGAGGAACUGCCUUCACUGACGCAGAAGGUGCUGAUGUGGCAGAGCUUGGCAAGGAGCCACUGGUCCCGGAGCACCCUGCAGGGACCCCCACCCACGGGCCGGCCCAGGAGACCCCCCGAGUCCCCGCGGAGGAGCAGGGUGGCAUCCCCAUCCCCAGCGCUGGCCUGCUGCAGGUCACCGAGCGCCGACAGCCCCUGAGCAGCGUGUCCUCGCUGGAGGUGCACUUCGACCUGCUGGACCUGACGGAGCUGACGGAUAUGUCGGACCAGGAGCUGGCCGAGGUCUUCGCCGACUCCGACGAGGAGAACGUGGCCGGAGAGACGCCCGGCGGGCUGCAGCCGCCGGCGGUGCCGCGGGCCGGGUACCUGCGCUCGCCCUCCUGGACCCGCGCGCGGGAGCAGGGCCGGGACAAGAAGCACCUGAGUGACCCUGAGCUGCCGCCGGGACCUCCGGGACCCCCGGACGCCUUCCUGCCCGCCGAGCGCCCGCGGGAGCCGUAGGGACAAAACCCGCCGGGGGACACCGGGAUACGCCGGUGCUGGUCCCGUCGGUACCGAUGGAGCCCGUCCCCGGGCGCAGGACUCCCGUUAGCCCGCCCGGAGGGCAGAGGCGGCCCCAGCCCCGCGGCGGGGAGGUACCGGGGCUGCCCUCAGCCAGUGGCCCGCGGCCCCGGGUGGAAACCGGGCCGGCCCCGCCGGCCCCCGGGAGCGGCACGGCCUUGGUUGCUGGGAGCAGCGGGUGGGGCAGGACGGGACGGGCCGCACGGCUCAGCGCGGCCCGACGGAGCGCGGCCGGUGCCGGUGCCCGCCCGGUUCUGAUGUAGCAGUGCUGUGAUCCGGUAAAACCGACCGACCGACCCAC